AACACAUACACACACACACACACACACACUCACGCACUUCAAGCCUCAUAUGCCGGUGCUGUAGAGCAGGGUCUAUUCUCACUUGCAGUUACUCGACGAAUGAACGCUGUUCUAUAUAGCCUUUCGUUUCAGUUUAAUAUUUAAAAAACAUUUCUGCACGGAAUAAGAGAGAUUAUGUCCAGACAGCUUACAAUGAAUCCAGCUUUCCUACCUUCGCAAACUAACGGCGUUUUGAAGGCGCUCCUGGAAAAACCUCUGAAACUACCUUUACACCAAGAUGAAGGCUUUGUUAAGGAGAGAGAGAAGGUGAAAAAGCUGGAGGAAGAAGGAAAUGCUCCUCAGUCAGCUUUCUUAGGGCCAACGCUCUGGGAUAAAACAUUGUCUUAUGAUGGAGACAACUUUCAGUUGGAGUAUAUGGACCUUGAGGAGUUUCUCUCUGAAAAUGGCAUCCCCUCCAGUCCCGCACAACAUGACCAAAGCCUCCAUCACCAGCAGCAGCAGCAGGCUUCAAUGCCUCUGGGUCCCAUCUCAGUCAUGGACCUCAGCAGCCGACCUGUGACCUCCAUCAAUACAGGCAUGGUUCCUCAGAACUGCCUCCACAGCACGGGCAGACCAGUUUUGCCUCCAUCACGUAACACACCAAGUCCAGUAGACCCAGAGGAUAUUCAGAUACCAGUGAGCUACGAGCCCGAUCCAGCAGACCUCGCUCUGUCCAGCGUGCCGGGCCAGGAGGUUUUCGACCCACGUAAAUGCAAGUUCUCUGAAGAGGAGCUGAAACCUCAGCCUAUGAUCAAGAAAGCACGCAAAAUCUACAUUCCUGAUGAUAUGAAGAAUGAAAAAUACUGGGCACGGCGCAGAAAGAACAACAUGGCUGCCAAGAGGUCACGGGACGCUCGACGCCUAAAGGAGAAUCAGAUUGCCAUCCGGGCUGGUUUUCUGGAGAAAGAGAACGCGGCUCUCCGACUGGAAGUUGCCGACCUUCGGAGAGAGCUGGGGCGGUGCAAAAAUGUCUUAACAAAGUAUGAAGCUCAACACGACCCCCUGUGAGACCACCCAGGUGCUCUUCGAGUUCCCCCACCCAUGCCCUUCCAAUUCGAAGGACAUUAUUCUUGGGUUGAAGUCCACUGGAUCUGUUUUCCAGCCAGCCCUCAGUCUGUUUUUGACACCUUAUAAGGCAGAAACAUUACUUUAGAGAUCUAUCCACUGUCUUUCUCUAUUUGUAAUCGCAAACAAAGCCGUCGUUGUUUGCUGAUCAUGUUACUUAUUAUUUUACUGUGUUGUAGCAUUUGUCCACAAACGUUUGCCUUGAUUUGUCAUAAUUUAGCAGUUAAAUCUGAGCUAGUGGAUCUUCUGCUGUUCCAC